AAGUUGAGUGUUAUACUCCUCUCCAUUUUCGCUUCUGCUCUUCAUCUUCUUCCAGAUGUUCUAUCCAUUUCUUUGUGAGAAAAAAAAAAAAAACAAAACAAAACAAGUAGCAAUAUUUCCAGCUCACAUUUACAUUGAAAAAUGAUUUUGUCAGGCAAAGAGCAAAGUUUGUGCCGUGCGUGUUAAAAUAGGAGAUCAUGUCUUUAGCAGUUGUUGGUGUGGCCAUUGUCAUUGUUGUUGGCAAGGUCAAGACGUGGAUUGUUACUACUUUUGACAAGGCUAAGGAGUGGAUUGUUGCCACUAUUGUUGUUGCUGUUGUUGCUAGUGCCAAGGCGUGGGUAGUUGCUGCUGUUGGCGAGACCAAGGAGUGGGUUGUUUCUACCAUUUGCAAGGCCAAGGAGAGUGCAAGACAUUACAAAGGUGGCCUCUAUGUGUUUCUUACAUGCAUUGUUGCUGCUGUUGAUGGCUUACCCUUUGGCUAUAACAUUGGAAAUUCAAAAAGAAAUAGCAAAAUGUCAAUUGUAACCACGUUGCCAUCUCCUCUCUUCAGAGUGAGAGCUUCAUGGGACACCCAACAGAGACUCUCCUACAACCCUAACGCUCCCCGAAAACCCCCCAAAAAUCCCCUCACUCCCUUACAUCCACCUUCUCCGACCGUCGUCUUAACCGCCCGGACUGACCAAUCGGUUUUUGACCUCCUCAAUCGUCCCGGUCAAGGAGUAAGAGCAGAAUCUGACGAGCCAUAUUUGGGCUAUGAGAGAUGGUUGCCUACUCCACCAAAAGUGGAGAAGCCUCGAACAGUCUUCAAUGCAGCUACAUUGGCUUAUAUUGGUGACUGCAUAUAUGAGCUCUAUGCUCGCCGGCACUUUUUGUUUCCUCCACUCAGUAUUGAAGAAUACAAUGAUCGAGUGACAGCAGUAGUACGUUGUGAAGCACAAGAUGCAUUGCUCCAGGAACUUCUUAAUAGUGAUUUCUUAUCAAAAGAUGAAAGGGAUGUUCUUCGAUGGGGUAAGAAUAUCAGUUCAGCUAAAACACGGACCAAAAAGCGUGCUGGUGUAGCAGUUUAUAACAGAGCAUCUUCGCUGGAAACACUAGUCAGUCCCAAUGUUGCUUGUUUCCAUGAAAUAGUAUUUACUCUUUUUUCAAUAAUGCAUUUUGUAAAUUCUGCAUCAUUAUACCUUUUCAGUGUGUUCGUCAUACUUUUUCUCUUUCUGAAAAAUAUUUUGUAUUUUCCAUGGUAGGAUCUGGUUUCUAGUAGUGCAACUCUUCUGCUGAAAUGAAAUGUUUUAAGAGUUGGGUAGAAAGUUAUGUUACUUUAAUUUGCUCUCCAAGUUUAACAUGGUGUACUAUACACUAUGUUAACUUCUUUGAUUCUUCACCCAGUUCAGUAAUCAUCUAACUAAAUUCUGAAUAACUCUGGAACUUAAUAUGUUGAUCUGACUUCUUUGCCAUAUAUUUUGUAGAUUGGUUUUCUCUACCUGACAAAUGUAAAUCGCUUGGAAAAACUCAUGUUAAAGCUAGGAUUUUCUACAGGCACGUCCAUGCAAACAAUAUUGGAGGAAACAAAUAGUAAGUUAACUUUCAUCUAAUGUUAUCUGCAUAAUAGUAAUUAACUAUGUCCCAUGUAGACCUGCUAUUGACAUGUUUAUUUGCUAAGAGUGAUGAGGAAAUUCAUGUGUAGGAUCAAUGUAUAACAAUUUUGGUAUGACAUUAUUGAGAAAACUCAAAUGUAUGAUUGCUAUAUAUAAGGAAGGAAAUUCAUUCAGGAUGAGGUCCAAAAGCAAUAUAGUUCCAUCAUACAUUAGGAUGGGGAUGAAACAACCAUUUUUCCAGAGGCAAUGCCCUGCACAUCUGGCCCUUGAAAAGUUUCAAGACAGCCUUUUCUGGAUGAUAUGGUAUCCCAUCAAAAUCUUAGGAUUAUUUUCCGCCCUUUUUCUCCUUUCACCUCUUUGUAUUUAUUAUGAAAAGAAUAAAAAACGUCCCUAUAAAAAUAGCAAGAAUGAAAAUCAUAAGUGAAUUACUGUGCCUAUUCCUAGUGCGUCUUCAUUACUUUCAGCCCUCUAAUGCCCCCUCAUUUUGUCGACCCAAAUAUAUCCAAACUUCAAAA